AAAAAAAAAAAAAAGAAAGGGUGGAGAAGAAAGACGUAGCUGGAUUUUAGAGCCGAUUUAACCAGCUCUGUCGGCUAUCACGAUUUUUCUCUCCGGUGUGUGCACCAGGGGAACGGUUCUACUAACAAAACGAUCGACGGUGAGAACGAGUGAACUCGGUGUUAAAAAUGCUGUGUCGUUGGCUCGCCGUCCUGAUACUCGCUGCAUUUCUCCUGGUUAUCGAAGGGAUCGCGGUCACUCAAGGUAUUACAGGCACAUUUGUUCGGGAUCAAAAGCUGGUAGGAGGAAAUGUUUUCGGCAAUCACAACAUCACCAACGCACCGACGUUCGAAAUGAACGUUCCACGAAACGUGACCACCGCGGUUGGUCAGACUGCUUUCCUUCAUUGCAGAGUUCAUCAGCUAGGUGACAAAGAGCACGGAGAAAUAUCACACCGACUAGGGGAGAACACGCAGAGGAGAAAUCGCGUGCGCAACUUCGCGUACGAUCAAAAAGGAUCACCCUGUUGCAGCUACGAACGGCCGAUCGUUUUUCAAAAUCUUCGAUCCGAGGAAUACAUUGGACGAAGCUAGGCGAUUCCGAGAGGCUUCUAGGAUGUCAUUACCGUGCGGUUUUCCAGCCAUGCUCGUUGAUAGAAUAUGCAUAACGCGUGUUUCAAGAAGGGAGGCGGCCUGAAAGACGGGCCAGGCGAAACAUAUGCAACCAUUAAAUUUUUCAUUUUUUCCUGCUGUGCCGAAAAAAUUAUGGAUAUAUACAUGGAAGGAGAGACGUGCAUGGAAAAAUUCAGUAACAGGUGGAAGUAUUUGGCUCGAUAGUAUUGAUCUGCUGACUAUACCGAUGCUAUUUUCGAUGCUACACGGUGCUACUGAUCGAUAAAUAGCGUAACAUCUCGUGGGUGAUAAAAGUAUUAUGCAACGUUCUAUAAAAAAUGUUAUGAGGCCGAGGGUAUUAUUUUUAAACGACACAAGCGCGUUCAUGUGUCACGUUUUGCAAUAAUUAAUUUUUAUUUCACCGAGUUCACAAUUGAACCAAAUUGGUAUAUAAGCUUCCUGUAUUGGGUUGCAUUAAAAAAUUAUAGCGAAAUUUCUGGAUAAAACGAACAGAUGAUGAAAGCGAAAGGAUUAAUUAGAAGAUGUUCAUGAAAGAAAGAAACGUGUUUCGCAGAAACUGUGUAGUCGAACGUAAUUUACAGUAUAUAAAUUUUUCAUUAAAUUAUAUAGAGCGUAAAGUAUCGUGUUAGGAUGAGAUUCUCAGAUCUCAAGAAAGAAGUUGAACGAAAUUUUCAGACGUGAAAAAUGUUUCUGAGAGAGCAAAUAAGUUGCAAGUUACAAGAUAAUUAUUCCGUUUCUGCGAACGUGACAGAUUACGUCUAAAUGUUCCCAUUGCGAGCAACCAUAAAUUCCUUUAUCAUGAUUUGUACGGCCGAUUAAACAGAAAUUACAGUAACCAGAAUUUGAUGAGUACCUAGCGUGCAAAGUCUACAAUAAACGUCCUAGUUUUGCAAAUAUGAAAUAUGUAACUUAUUGUAGCUGGUAUCAUGCGACGAGCCUGACAAACGAGCAACGUAAUAGGAAUUGCACAUAUUUAUAUAUUAAUCGACUUUCUGUUGAUACAAGUUAGUGAUAUAAAGGCAAAUACUGCGCUAAUUCAUUGGAAAUGUAGGUGAUGUAAUGGUACAGCUUUCGCGGUGAUAAUAAUCGGAUUGUCACAAAUUUUCCUACUGCUCGUUAAUAGUCGGGUCAGAACGAAACAUCUGCACAUCAGAAUAGAAAGACUACUUUAACACGUUAAUACCUUUGCAAACGAGAAAUUGGAACAGAUCUUCAUUCAUUUCCAGUGAAAUGAUGUUUUCAUCCUUAUACUCGCGGUGAAAAAUUGUUGUUUUCCUAUUCAUAAAAGCGUGCAUUAUUUUCUUGGUAGCAUAAACGAAGCACUAUUUGAAGCUUAGUACUUUAUUCAAAUAUUUACUGGGGCGUGAAUUUAGAUUAAUAAUUACUUUUAGCAGAUAUUCCAAAAUUAACAUUGCUUUGAGCAUUUUUCUAAAGGAAUAAAUUUUAAUAACAUUUUAAAGUGAAAUAUGUUCGAUGAUAUAUUCUACAGUACAUAGGACGUUUCAUCUAACUUUAUCGUAUAAAAUUUCAUAAAAAUGGUUGAUGGUAAAAGAAGUAAUUUUUUAGCCGAAACCAAUGUAUAGCGAGGAUAGUUUUGUUCUAUUGAACAAAAAAUCACGAAAUAAAGAGAGCAACUUCUGUUUUUUUAUUUGAAACUGUAUAUGUAAUUUAUUUGAACGAGUAAAUUUAAUAAUAAUCCGUGCGGAACUGUUGUUACUAUACACUACACCGGUAAAACAAUUUUCAUGAAGGCAUUUUUGAAGGCAUUUUUAUGGAAUU